CUUUUCUCUUCGUUUUCACGAAAAGGGUAAGAGUGAGAGAGAGAGAGAGGUGAUGGUUUGGUGCCUGCCUGCUUAUAUUGUUCCUCCGGACCUCCGGUCUCUUUUCCAUUGGCCCUUUGGAUCUUCCCUAAAACCCAAAGUUGCUCUGAAAAGGGUGUAGAGAGAGAGAGAGAUAGGGAGAGAGAGAGCUCCAAGAAGAUCGGUAGAUCGAUGGCGAGGGAGAAGAUAAAGAUAAGGAAGAUAGCAAAUGCCACGGCAAGACAGGUGACGUUUUCGAAGAGGAGGAGAGGUUUAUUCAAGAAGGCGGAGGAGCUGGCCAUUCUAUGUGAUGCGGAGGUUGGGCUCAUCGUCUUCUCUGCUACAGGAAAGCUCUUUGAUUUAUCUAAUACCAGCAUGAAGGAGAUAAUUGAUAGGUACAACACUCACUCGAAGAACACAACAGCAGGUGAUCUGCCAUCACUUGAUUUGCAACUGGAAAAUGGCAAUUUGACAAUACUGAGCAACCAAGUGGCUGAAGCGACUCGCCAGCUAAGAAAUAUGAGAGGUGAAGACCUCAAUGGACUUACAAUACAAGAGCUACAAGAACUGGAGAAAACUCUUGAAACUGGGCUCAGUCGAGUUACGCAAAAAAAGGGUGAACAAAUUAUGGAGCAGAUCAAGGGUCUCCGUAACAAGGGAAUUCAACUGAUGGAAGAAAAUACAAAGCUGCGUUAUCAGGUUGCAAAAAUGUCGAAUGCUGGAAAACAAGUAGUGGUUGAUCUAGAAAAUGCUUUGCAUGAAGAUGGUCAGUCCUCUGAAUCAGUAACUAAUGUUACUCACUGCGGAAACCUUUAUGAGAAUGAAGAUACCUCCGAUACAUGUCUCAAAUUAGGGCUGUCUUGCUCAGGCUGGAAGUGAGUGAAGAUCAAAGGGUAAUGCUGGAACCAGUCUCUCUCUUGAAUUUAUAGAUGAAAAAUAUAUAUAUAUUGGCCUAUCAAAUUAUUAAUUAAGAACAAUAACGCCUAAACAAUGCAAAUAAUUCUGUAAAUGUAGAGAUUUGCUAUUUUACUUGUGUCAUGGUUCGGUUCACAUGAAAACAGUACUGGGAGGGGUAACUUUCCAGCUGUCCUUUGCAGUUUUACACUUUUACCCAGAUAUCUUGCAAUAUUUUCCUUUUUUU